AUGGCUACAUUAGUUCCCCCGCCUUCAAAAAAGCAGAAGAGACAGGCACAGCAGCCUAGGCAAGUGGACUUGAUUCCGGAGGACCUUCCUCAUGUGCUAGUGAAGUUCCAGGCUUUCGACACUGGAGAAAGCGUCGGAGGCUCUGUCCGUGUGCCCGGAGCCAUGACCGAGCAGCAGCUCGAGCAGUUGCUGAACCAACUUCAUGGUGAGACUGAUGAGCCAGUUCCUUACACGUUCAGCUGCAUGGUAGACGCUGAAAAAGGAAAACCCGAACAGUUGGUGGACAUCAAGGACAACAUUUACAAUUCUAUCCUCAAGCCAGGCUACAAGACAACCGAGGACUUCAUCACGAUUGUGUAUACACCACGUGCGGUGUUUAAGGUGCGGCCCGUGACGAGAAGUUCGUCGGCAAUCGCAGGCCACGGAUCGACGAUUCUGUGCUCUGCUUUCGCCCCCCACACUAGUAGCAGAAUGGUCACCGGCGCCGGCGACAACACGGCUAGAAUCUGGGACUGUAACACCAACACCCCCAUGCAAACUCUGAAGGGGCACUUCAACUGGGUGCUAUGCGUGGCCUGGUCUCCAGAUGGAGAACUGAUCGCGACGGGGUCUAUGGACAACACCAUACGGCUGUGGCAGUCUGAGAAGGGCGAGAAUUUCGGCGACGCUCUGAGAGGGCACUCAAAAUGGAUCACGUCCCUGUCCUGGGAGCCCAUCCAUUUGGUGAAGCCUGGCGACAAACCACGCCUUGCUUCUGCAUCAAAGGACGGAACUAUCAAGAUCUGGGACACCGCUCGUCGUGUGUGCCUGUUUACUUUGAGCGGCCAUACGAACUCUGUUUCCUGCGUGAAGUGGGGUGGGCGCGGCGUUUUGUACAGUGGUUCGCAUGAUAAGACGAUCCGCGCUUGGGAUAUGAACGCCGGGGGUAAGUGCAUCAACAUUUUGAAGUCUCACGCGCACUGGAUCAACCACUUGUCGCUCUCUACCGACUACGCACUGAGGGUUGGUGCAUUCGACCACACAGGCAAGAAGCCAAGCUCCCCUGAAGAGGCCCGCGCCAAGGCGCUCGAGAACUAUGAGAAGAUUGCAAAGAAAAACGGGAAGCUUGAGGAACUUAUGGUCACAGCUAGUGACGACUUUACAAUGUACUUGUGGGAUCCUAUAAAGUCCACAAAACCAAUUACGCGGAUGACAGGCCACCAGAAGUUGGUCAACCAUGUCGCAUUUUCGCCUGACGGCAGAUACAUCGUCUCGGCCUCUUUCGACAACUCUAUCAAGCUAUGGGACGGCCGCGAUGGCACGUUUAUUGCGACUUUCAGAGGCCACGUUGCCAGUGUUUAUCAAGUAGCAUGGUCCUCGGAUUGCAGGCUAUUAGUUUCUUGCUCUAAGGACACUACUUUGAAAGUUUGGGAUGUCAGAACAAAGAAGCUGUCUGUCGACCUGCCAGGUCACAAGGAUGAAGUUUACACCGUUGACUGGAGUGUGGAUGGCAAGCGUGUCUGCAGUGCUGGGAAGGACAAAAUGGUGAGAAUCUGGACUCACUAA